AUGAAGGGCGAGGUCGCUUGGUUGUCGCUGCUGGCGACAGUCUUCUCUUUACUGGCAUUAAGUCACAGCACUUUAAUCAACAAACCUCCCACGCGGCCAGAACUAGAGGACGGAUUGACCGUUUCUGCGAGGGCCGUCAUACCACAGCCUCUCGAUGGAUAUAUAGAAACAAUCACGGAUUACACAACCGAAGUGAUUACAUUUACAUCGUGCACAUGCACGGAUGGCUCGUCAGUGGUGACGGGAACUGGGGAACCGACUUCAAGACCUGGGACAACCACUUCUAGCGUGCCUGACCCAACGUACAGUGAACCUGGAAUAACCACUUCCAGUGUGCCUGAAAUCACCUACAGUGAAAUCACCACCACCAGCACGACUACUUCUAGUACAACUAGCUCUAGUGUACCUGAGAUCACCUACAGCGAAAUCACCACUGCCAGCACAACCACCUCCAGCGUGCCUGAGAUCACCUACAGUGAAAUAACCACCACCAGUACGACUACCUCUAGUACAACCACCUCUAGUGUACCUGAGAUCACCUACAGCGAAAUUACUACUACCAGCACAACCACCUCCAGCGUGCCUGAGAUCACCUACAGUGAAAUCACCACCACCAGUACGACUACCUCUAGUACAACCACCUCUAGUGUACCUAAGAUCACCUACAGCGAAAUCACCACUACCAGCACAACCACCUCCAGCACAACUAGCUCUAGCGUGCCUGAACUUACCUACAGUGAAAUCACUACGACCAGCACGACCACCUCCAGCGUGCCGGAGAUCACCUACAGUGAAAUCACUACGACCAGCACGACUACCUCCAGCGUGCCUGAGAUUACCUACAGUGAAAUCACUACGACUAGUACAACUACAUCCAGCGUGCCUGAAAUCACCUACAGUGAAAUUACCACGACCUUAGAUCCACAAACAACCAAAACAGUCCCUCCAUCUACUACUACAACCUUAUCCGUUUCUGUAUGCUCUAGCCUUAUAAGCAAUCCAUUCUACACCCCCUCUGCCGCAUUACCAUAUGACUAUACCUGGGGCUGUGCACCCGGGUAUCUCUGCAAACCACGCCAUUUAGAUGACCGCUCGGAUUGCAAUGUUGAAGCAGGUCUUCCCGACCCCGGAUACGUCUGCACCCCCUCAGACUGUAUUGUGGCCCCUCCUUUAGAUGUCCAUCCAUCUCGGCAGUACAAUGUUUCGAUCAAUUAUUAUAACCUCAACCCGGAGGACUUUGGUCUCAAUUACUCCAUUUUCCAGUUCUUAGAAGACCCCGGCACAGCCUACAUUAAGCGUGAUAUGUCCUUGUGGGACUUCGCUGUCGCCCAAAAGAUCAAACGGGAUGGCUCGCAAGACUUCCCCCCUGUCUGUUGGAAUGAUUGCAAUGAUGCUGCAAAUGAACCACAACAACUUGGAAAGACAGCUGAGCUUUGUAAAGGGGACUCGGCGUUCAGGCAGAAUUUGGAGGUUUGCGAGAAUUGCAUCACCAAUAAUGCUGAAUCUGGCGAUUCUGAUGCAUAUUCAUCGAGAAUGCUACCCACAUUUGCACAGUGGCUGAAUUACUGCUCGGAUAUGGUCACUUCUACAACACAGGAAAGUGUCACUAGCACUAAAAUAGAAACUACGGCGACUAGCACCCGGAACGACGAUACAACUACUACAAGAACAGAAGCAUCAACAGCAGCCACAAUCACGAGUACUCAGGCUACCAGCACUGAAGCUACCAGCACUGAAGCUACAAGCACCGAACAUACCAUCACCAAGACUACUACCACUAAGACCCUCAGUACUAAAGUUCCCAUCACCGAAGUCCCUAGCGCCGAAGCAACCAGUAGCGAAGCGACAGGUACUGGAGCGACAAGCACUAAAGCGGCGAGCACUGAGGUGGUGAGCACUGACGCGACGAGCACUGAGCCUACAAACAUCGAGACGACGAGCAUUCAGUCCACCGACGAAAGCACUGCUACCGCUGGGACUGAUGAAAUAUCCAGUACAGUAGAGGCAACUCCAAUAGUCACCCUCAUCACAACAUCAGCUUCCGGCUCAAUUGUGGCCACCUCGGUGCCAGGCUCACUUGUGACAACUUCUUUCCCUGUAUCUAGCGUGACAAUCUCAGUGUCAGGCAGCCUCAUGACAAGCCUAGUACCUGGAUCGAUUGUGACAACGUCAGUCUCUGGCUCGCUUAUUACAACAUCAUUACCUGGCUCAAUCAAGACUAUGUCGAGUACUCUGAGCACCGGGGAUGGCAAUGAGCACACAUCUGACAAUGCUGCCGGUAAUCCAUCGGGCUCGGCUAGCGGAAGUCAGACUGAUUCAGCAACUCCCUCUGUCUUUUCUCCUGCCUACAAUGUGGCAGGAUCUAUGAAUAUUCCUCCUAUUGGCUUAAUUGGUCUUCUGUGGGCUGCUUUCGCCCCACUCCUUUAG